GAAAUUAAAAUGCGAUGGAUGCGAUUCCGAUAUUCCAUUGAACAGUGGCCCUUUUGUUUUCUCGAAUUCCAACCAUUCCUCUCUGCAGAAACCUCCAUUAUAUCCUAUUGCCACUUCCUUUUCACUCCCUCUUCCUCUCUCUUUCUCUCUCUCUUUAGUCUCUUAGCUACUCGAUCUCUCUACCAUAAAAACCAGAACGGGCCCUUUCUCUCUCUCUGAGUCUCUGUCUGUGACUGUGUGUUGUGUGUAUGGACUCUCAAUCUCAACUCUCUACCACUACUGAUCUGCAGCUACCGCUCGAUCUUCUUAAAUACACUGUUCCUCAUUUUCAAUAACUUUUCCAUCAACCUAGCUUGUUCCCAAAAGGACUGAGUGUUACUUCCUCAUUUCUGGAAUUCUCUCUCUGAUCGAGUACUACCUGCGCGCACCAGCUUUCUAUGUUUUUAGAUUUUAAAUAGAUCUUCCUAUCUAGCUAGUACUACUUUUUAUAAAAGCCUAUAUCUCCGGCCCUGCAUCCAUCACUUUCUCAAACUCAGUGCAGUGCAAAUCAUAAGCCACUCAUCACCAUAUAAUCACUACAGUUCAUCCUCAUGAUGUACCUGAGCUCAAACUCAAACCCUAUAAUGAGAAGUACUUCUUCACCCUUGCCUGAUCUCUCUUUACAGAUCAGCCCACCGUCAGAUCACUACGAGAUUGCUUUAUCAAGAAAAGCACUUAACGGUGAUCGGAGCUCAACCACCGACUCCGCUAGCAGUGGGAGUGAUUUGAGUCAUGAAAAUGUUCUCUACCACUUAGAUCAGAGGACUAGUUAUAAUCCCGCUGCCGCUGAGCCCGGGCCAAAUUUGAGUUUAGGUCUUGAAAUGAAGGAUAUAAUUAGUAACAGUACUAGUUCAACACCUCUACCGCCCAGAAACUUCAAUCACCAUCAUCAUCACCAUCCUCAAAUCUACGGUCGAGAGUUCAAAAGAAGCGCCAGAACUGUCGGGAAUGUGAAAAGAAGCGUCAGAGCUCCGAGGAUGCGGUGGACUACAACACUUCAUGCCCAUUUCGUACAUGCAGUUCAGCUUCUCGGUGGCCAUGAAAGAGCAACGCCAAAAUCGGUGUUAGAGUUGAUGAAUGUGAAGGAUCUAACUCUCGCUCACGUGAAGAGUCAUUUGCAGAUGUAUAGAACAGUGAAGAGCACUGACCACAAAGGAACAGGUCAUGAAGGACAGCUGAUGGAUAUGGGUUUGGACCAAAAUCCAGGAAAUAAUAAUGUUCAAGUAAAUGGAUCAGCACUACCCUGUGAUUCUGAGAAGGCUAUUGAUUCACCUUCAACUCUGCUUCUGCAAAAUCCCAGCAUCAGAGGAUCAUGGCAUUCUACAAGGAAGACAAAUGGCAGCUGCAAACCAAGUCCUGGAGAUUUUUUGACAUGUUCUGAUUCCCCAUCCUCAAUUGGUACCAAGGUGGAUGAAGAGGAUUCGGGUUCAGGCCGCCAGUUGGAUUGUAGCUCCUUGUCAUCUUCGGAUCAUAUGUAUCUUAACCUAGAGUUCACGCUUGGAAGGCCAAGUGGCGAAUGGUCUAUGCUCAACACCCUCAACCUUCAAAUGACUUGAUUAAUUACCCUUUUAUCUAGUUUUCUAGCCAGCUAGCUUUA